AUGGGGCUGUGGAUUAUGGUAGGUUAUCACACUACUCAAUACCAACCAUGGUCUGAAGGUGCUAACACUAGUAACAAUAUGUAUGUUAAGGGGUUUGAAAAAGAACCUAGCAUUACUGAUGAUGAUAGCUGGACCGUUAUCAGUUCGUUCUUCAAGACUCACGGACUGGUACACCAGCAAAUCGAGAGUUUCGACGAUUUCGUUACCUAUCGCAUGCAAGAAAUUGUCGAUGAGUAUCCACCAAUCGAGAUUAGACCUCAGCCGCAAUACCGCCCCGAGGAUGAAAUAGAAGUCAAUGUCAUAUACAAACUAAAAUUUGGCCAACUUAGCCUAAACCGCCCUUCAGUAGAUGAAAAGGAGGGAGUUACCAAACACAUUUGGCCACAGGAAGCGAGGCUUAGAAAUUUAACAUACUCCUCCCAAAUAUAUGUGGAUAUUGAUCAAGAGAUAUACAUAUACGAUGAGGCAAAAGGUCAAGAAACGUUGCAAGAUAGAACUAGCUACCCUCGUAUUAGUUUGGGUAAAAUACCCAUGAUGCUAAAAUCGAUGUAUUGUUGGACUAGGAAUGUCAGUGAAGAUGAUUUGGCUGAUAUUGGAGAGUGCCCUUAUGAUCAAGGUGGUUACUUCAUCGUAGGCGGAGGAGAACGCGUUUUGAUAGCACAGGAGAGGAUGGCUAAUAAUUUUAUUUAUGUAUUCAAGAAGAAGCAGCCGUCCAAAUUUAGUUGGGUGGCUGAAAUUCGCUCCCAAAUGGAGUAUUCUCAGGGUACAUCUGCAUUUAGUAUCAAAAUGAAGGCUAAACAAGCUACUGCCAAUGUUAUUGGUAAUAGGUUCAGGUCAUAUGAUCAGCUGGUGGCUACUUUGCCAUAUAUACGAACAGAUAUACCCGUUGCUAUCCUAUUCCGUGCCCUGGGCUGCGUGGCUGAUAAAGAUAUUUUGCAGCGUAUUGCGUACGAUUUCGAUGAUAAACAAAUGCUUAAUCUGAUGAAGCCAACGCUUGAAGAUGCAUUGGAUUUUACUACUCAAGAUGCUUGUUUGGAUUUCAUUGGCAAGAGGGGUCCCACCGUUGGUGCUCCUAGGGAUAAGCGUAUCCAAUAUGCCAAGGAUCUACUACGUAAAGAAGUGCUACCUCAUGUGGGUACUGAGUUGGGUGUGGAAAGUAAGAAGUGCUACUUCAUAGGUUAUAUGGUACACAGAUUGUUACUUGCAAAGCUUGGCCGUAUCAACCAAGAUGACAGGGAUCAUUUUGGCAAGAAACGGCUUGACAUGGCGGGGCCUCUCAUGGCCAGCAGUUUUGGAACAUUGUUUCGUAAGAUGGCAAAAGAUGCUAAACGAAUACUUCAACACCAAAUUGAUUGUGGUAGAACAUUCGAUGUGGCUGGUGCAAUUAGGAGCGCAAGUCAAAUAACACAAGGACUUCAAUACCAAUUGCUAACGGGCAAUUGGGGCAAGGAUAGGGAUGGGAAGGUUGUGCGUACAGGAGUAUCACAAGUACUUAAUAGGCUUACAUUUGCAAGUUGUCUUUCCCAUUUGAGGCGACUGAAUACCCCUUUAGGCCGUGAGGGUAAGAUGGCCAAGCCACGUCAACUUCAUAACACUCAUUGGGGGAUGAUUUGCCCGGCUGAAACACCAGAAGGCCAGGCUGUGGGUUUAGUUAAAAACUUGGCUUUGAUGUGUAGUAUAAGCGUGGGCGGCGCUUCCUCUACAAUUUGCGAGCUUCUCACUGAAUUGGGCAUGGAUUCCUUAGACGAAGUGCCCCCUGAAGUUAUUAAGGACAGGGUGAAGGUCUUCAUAAAUGGCACCUGGAUAGGAUGUUUUGAUGAAGCAGAUAAUCUUGUAAAUACGUUGUUGCAUUUCAGGCGCCGAUGCGAUAUAUCCCAUGAAACCAGUAUCAUUAAGGAGAUUGUCUCGAAAGAGGUUAAAAUUUUUACGGAUGCUGGCAGAGCUAUGCGCCCUUUACUUGUUGUUCAUGAUGGAAAUCGUUUAGCUUUGAAGCGAUCCCAUGUGGAAAAAAUAAGGGAUGGGAGUUACAUAAAUGAGUGCUCUAGCGAAAACACCUCUGCUUGGAAUUGGCUAGUAGAGUCAGGUGUUGUUGAAUACAUUGAUUGUGAGGAGGAAGAAAUGUGUAUGGUUUCGAUGUUUGUCCAAGAUUUGCAUAGUAACAGUAACUAUUGUAGUACAUAUACACAUUGCGAGAUCCAUCCGUGUAUGAUACUGGGCGUUUGUGCUUCGAUUAUCCCCUUUCCAGAUCAAAACCAGAGCCCUAGGAACACAUAUCAGAGUGCAAUGGGUAAGCAAGCGAUGGGGGUUUAUUCCUCAAAUUUUAACUUGCGAAUGGAUACUUUAUCACACUUACUUUACUACCCACAAAAGCCGUUGGUAUGUACCAGGGCUAUGGAAUUUUUACGUUUUAGGGAGUUGCCAGCUGGGAUUAAUGCAAUUGUGGCUAUCAUGUGCUACUCUGGAUAUAACCAGGAAGAUUCACUGAUAAUGAACCAAUCAUCAAUCGACCGAGGACUGUUUAGAUCCGUAUUCAACCGCACCUAUGUCAGUGAGGAAAAGCAGCAAGGCAGCGUAACAAUUGAAAAGUUUGAACGGCCAAAUCCGCAGUUUGUCGCAGGUAUGAAACGCGGUGACUAUUCCAAAUUGGAUAGUGAUGGAUUGGUUGAGCCAGGUUCUAGAGUGCUGGGUGAUGAUGUAAUCAUAGGCAGAAUAUCACCCACCCUACCUAACCAAGAUGUUGCUCCGAAACGUGAUUGUUCGUUAUGUCUCCGCCGUUCUGAAAAUGGAGUAGUCCACAGCGUGUUACUGUCAGUAAACAGCAAGGGUAGUCGGUUUUGCAAGGUAAAAGUUAGGUCAGUACGUAUUCCUCAAAUUGGUGAUAAAUUCGCUAGUCGUCAUGGGCAAAAGGGUACAAUAGGCAUCACUUACCGAAUGGAGGAUAUGCCAUUUACUUGCCAAGGCAUAGUCCCAGACAUAAUAAUGAAUCCGCAUGCAGUACCUUCUCGAAUGACAAUUGGUCACUUGGUAGAAUGCCUUGUAGGUAAAGUAGGUGCAAUUGGUGGAUUGGAAGGAGAUGCCACUCCUUUUAGUAGUCUCACAGUUAAAGAGAUUGCAUCUAAACUGCACGAACUUGGGUAUGAGCGCCAUGGCAAUGAGGCCUUGUACAACGGGUACACUGGUAGAUUGCUGAAAUCAAAGAUCUUCAUAGGACCUACCUAUUACCAAAGGCUUAAGCAUAUGGUUGAAGACAAGAUUCACGCAAGGGCCAGAGGCCCGGUGACCAUGCUUACUCGCCAACCCACUGAAGGUAGGUCCAGAGAUGGAGGUCUUAGAUUUGGUGAAAUGGAGCGUGACUGUAUGAUAAGCCACGGGGCUGCCAAGGUGCUCAAGGAGAGGCUUUUUGACCAGAGUGACGCUUAUAGAGUGCACGUGUGUGACAUGUGCGGAUUGAUUGUUAUUGCAGACCUUAACCGAGGGUCUUUCGAGUGUAGUGCUUGUGACAACAAGACGAAUAUAUCGCAGGUGUCAAUUCCUUAUGCGUGCAAGUUGUUACUACAGGAGUUGAUGUCAAUGGCAAUUUAUCCCAAAUUGACUUUGGGUGUGGCUUAG